AUUUUUUUUUGAUGAACUGAUAAUUAACUUAUAUUGCAUUCUCAAAUGAAUUACUCCGGAGUCCACGAUUGGAUGUUGUAGGCUCAACUAGAGCGAGUUUUCUCGCACGUUUCGCCGACCAAUUUAUUAGCUCCACCGCGUCCUUUAGGUUACAGUAGUUCAUCACCGGUGGGUUUUCGGGGACCCAAUGGCAUGAGCGUUGACCCAUCAGAAGGUUUAACCUGAAUCAGGCACACAAGAUUUAGUUAGGAGUGACCGUUUUGCUUAGACCAGUCCGUAAUCGCCGCUCCACUCCAUGUGUGAGGGAUCAUAAAGGUGCAGCUCGUCCCGGCUUGUCUUGCAUUCCAUCCCUGCACCGGUGAAACCUCUUGACAACCCACCAAUAUGUUCGGUCAAGCUACGGGCUUGUCGCUCUUGACAGGCCUUCUGGCCGCAGCUUCUGUGAAAGCGGACUCCAACUGUCGCUGCUUCCCUGGUGAUCCUUGCUGGCCAUCCCAGGAUGUGUGGGCUAAAUUCAACGAAUCGGUUGACGGCCGCCUGGUAGCCACCGUGCCUCUGGGUACCCCUUGCCACGACCCCAAUUACAACGCCGCUGAAUGCAAGACGCUUAGCGAACAGUGGACUGACCCGGCGCUUCACUAUGAAACCUCGUCUUCGAUUAUGGCUCCUUGGUUCACGAAUGGAACCUGCGAUCCCUUCCACCCCGAAUCGAAGCCCUGCACCCUCGGAAACUACGUCGUCUACGCUGUUGAUGUCGCGAAGAAGGAGCAUGUCUCCACAGCGCUGAAGUUCGCGAAGGAGCAUAACAUCCGUGUGGUUCCCCGGAACACUGGACAUGAUUACAACGGCAAGUCCACCGGAGCCGGCGCGCUGGGUAUCUGGAUGCACCAUCUCAAAGAUAUUGAAAUCAAGGACUACAAGGACAAGCACUACCAAGGCAAGGCCAUCAAGAUGGGUGCCGGUGUGCAAGGUGGAGAGGCGUACCAGGCCGGCCACAAUGCAGGUCUUCAGGUGGUCGGCGGCGAAUGUCCGUCCGUGGGCAUUUCUGGCGGUUACACCCAGGGCGGAGGUCAUUCGGCCCUGUCAUCGCGGUAUGGACUUGGCGCUGACCAGGCGCUUGAGUGGGAGGUGAUUGACGGCGAGGGUAACUUCAUUACUGCCACUCGCGACAACGAAUACUCCGACCUCUACUGGGCUCUCAGCGGCGGCGGUGGUGGUUCCUAUGGGGUCGUCUGGUCGCUGACUUCCAAGGCGCACGCUGGCACUCCGGUAUCGGGUUACAACUUGAGCUUCACCAAUGCUGGCAUGUCCCAGGAUACCUUCUAUGAGGCUGUCUCGCUCUGGCAGACCGUGCUGCCCUCGGUCGUGGACGCCGGUGCCAUGGCCGUCUGGAUGUUCACCAACACCAGCUUUCUCAUCACGCCGUUGACCGGUCCCAACAUCCCGGUCGCUGACCUGGAGGCCCUUGUGAAACCCUUCACCGACGGACUGACGAAGCUGGGAAUCACCUACACAACCUACUCCAAGCAGUUCGACAGCUACUUGGAGGAAUUCAACGCCAUGCAGGGCGCGAUCGAGGUGGCCACCGCCCAGUAUGGUGGAUGGCUGAUCCCCCGGUCGGUGGUGGAAAACAACAACGACGGACUUACGGCCGCAUACAGACAGAUCACCGAAGAUGGAGCCACCUUUAUCGGCGUGGGCCUGAAUGUCUCCAAGGCGUUAGUGGGGGAUGUCGACAACGCGGUGCUGCCCGCUUGGCGUGAGACCCUGAUCCACACCACCAUCACCACCCCCUGGAAGUGGGAUGCCCGCAGUGAGAUGCUUGCCGAGCAGGACAAGAUGACCAGCCACUAUAUUUCAGCCUUGACCAAGGUCGCUCCGCACUCCGGGGCUUACCUGAACGAGGCCGACUUCCGUCAACCUAACUGGCAGAAAUAUUUCUACGGUGACAACUACGCAACCCUGCGCAAGAUCAAAGCUAAAUACGACCCGGGCAAUCUCUUUUACGCCACUACCGCUGUCGGAGCGGAUGAGUGGACCGUUCGUGAAGAUGGUCGUUUGUGCAGUGUCUAGGAAGAAGACGGGGAUGAACAAAGAGUGGCGGAAUUUUUAGGGAACUGUACAUAGAAACUAAAGUGAGAUAAAGUUACUUAGACUGAUAUUCAUCCAUGGAUUAUGCUUCAAUAUUCCUUGGGGAGCCAAUGCGUGCACUUCAUGGGUGGCAUUUUCCCGGAAUUUUUCCGCUAGUGGAACCAGUGGAGCAAAAUAGUUCGAAUGCUUAGGGUUAAUUGUCA